UUUCUCGGAAGCGGAGAUAAUCUCUGGUUUGCACUAACAUACGGCGAUGGAUCUAAGUCUAACUUUACGCAUAUUGCCAGCAGUUUUCAUGGUGUUGAUCCAAUAUGCUUGCGGGAAUUUCGUGUUUAACGUGACGCAUAAGUUUGCCGGAAAAGAUAAGCAGCUGUCGGAGCUCAAGUCUCACGACAGCUUCCGUCACGCUAGAAUGCUUGCGAACAUUGAUCUCCCUCUUGGCGGGGAUAGCCGCGCUGAUUCAAUUGGUUUGUACUUCACGAAAAUCAAGCUUGGAUCACCGCCAAAAGAUUACCAUGUUCAAGUUGAUACAGGAAGUGAUAUACUUUGGGUCAAUUGUGCACCAUGUUCCAAAUGUCCUGUCAAAACUGAUCUUGGUAUUCCUCUAAGGUUGUACGACUCAAAAGCUUCCUCGACUUGGAACAAAGUUGGAUGUGAAGAUGAUUUCUGUGCCUUCAUUUCACAAUCAGACACUUGCGAGCCAAAGACGAAGCCAUGUAGCUAUCAUGUUGUGUAUGGAGAUGGAAGCACAAGUGAUGGGGAUUUUGUCAAGGAUAAUAUUACCUUGGAUCAAGUCACUGGAAACCUCCGAACUGCACCCCUUUCGCAGCAAGUGGUUUUCGGGUGUGGAAGCAAUCAGUCUGGGCAACUUGGGCAAACUGACUCAGCCCUUGAUGGCAUUAUGGGAUUUGGACAAGCCAAUACCUCAGUCAUUUCUCAACUAGCUGCCGCGGGUAAUGUGAAGAGAAUCUUCUCACAUUGCUUGGACAAUGUGAAUGGAGGUGGAAUUUUUGCUGUUGGGGAAGUGGAGUCUCCAGUUGUCAAAACAACUCCUUUAGUUCCUAAUCAGGUACACUACAACGUCAUUUUAAAGGCAAUAGAUGUGGAUGGUGAGCCUCUUGACCUCCCACCAAGCAUAGCUAGUUUUGGUGGGAAUGGAGGAACCAUUAUUGACAGUGGUACAACUUUAGCCUACUUACCACAGGAUCUCUACAAUUCACUACUUAAACAGAUUACUACUCGGACACCGGUCAAACUUCACAUGGUACAGGAGACUUUUGCGUGUUUCAGUUUCACUUCCAACACAGAUAAAGCAUUUCCGGUAGUCAAUCUUCAUUUCGAGGACUCACUCAAACUGACUGUUUAUCCGCACGACUAUCUUUUCUCACUUCGUGAAGACAUGUACUGCUUUGGUUGGCAAUCUGGUGGAAUGACAACUCAGGACGGAUCCGAUGUGAUCCUUUUGGGAGAUUUGGUGCUCUCGAACAAGUUAGUAGUAUACGAUCUUGACAAUGAGGUCAUUGGAUGGGCAGACCACAACUGUUCGUCAAGCAUCAAAGUGAAAGAUGGGUCAGGAGCUGCUUACUCAGUUGAAGCAGAUAAUCUCAUACAAUCUGCUUCUUCGGUGAUUAAAGGAACAUUUGUCCCAUUAUUGUCGAUACUGAUUUGGGUUUUCCUUUCAUUUACUUCACAGUUUUGCUAAAACGAGAUGGUUCAUAUGAUCCUCUUUGUGGAUGUCAUUUGGCUUUUUAGAGUCAUGUAAUUUACAGACAACUAAUUAACUUAUUCUUAUCAAAGAUAAAUACAUAUUGUAUUGUUUUGGUUUACUUA